UCUCAGACAGCUCAAGCCUAUCUCAGUGGUCAGUGGAUGACUAGGUUCAUACCGUCAGUAUACACCCUGGUAUUCAUGGUGGCGCUCCCUUUAAAUGUAAUGGCAAUCUUUAUAUUCCUCAUCAAGAUAAAAGUCAGGAGACCAGCGGUGGUGUACAUGCUGAACCUGGCCAUCGCUGAUGUGCUCUUUGUUAUUUUUCUCCCUUUUACCAUAAUAUAUAGAUUCUUUGGGAAUGAUUGGUUCUUUGGAGACGUAAUUUGCCGUCUGGUCACGGCAGCAUUUCACUGUAAUAUGUACAGCUCCGUCCUGCUCAUGACCUGCAUCAGUGUGGACAGGUUCCUGGCUGUGGUCUACCCAAUACAGUCUCUGUACUGGCGGACAACAACCCGGGCAUGGAUGGCCUGUAUACUUACUUGGAUUCUGGCCAUUUCAAGCACUGUGCCUCUGCUCAUAACUCAGCAAACAUAUCAUAUUAAGACUUUGAACAUUACAACCUGUUAUGAUGUGCUGCCUGCGGAACUUCUUCGCGGUUUUUAUGCUUACUACUUUACCACUUAUAUCUCACUCUUAUUCUUCUUACCUUUAAUUAUCACAACCUUCUGCUACAUAGGUGUCAUCAGAAAACUGAGUUCUACAGCAAUAGUCAGCACGUUCAGUAGAUCUCGAGCUGUGGUCCUCACUGUGACCGUGCUAUGUGUCUUUGUACUUGGCUUUGGGCCAGCCAACAUCAUCUUUUUCUUUCACAAUCUGAGUUUUUAUAAACAACCAAGUGAAAUGUUGUAUGUAAUGUAUAUUGUGUGUGUCUGCAUCAGUAGCAUCAGUUGCUGUCUUGAUCCUCUUAUCUAUUGCUAUGGAUUCUCAAAGUGCCAGACGUACCUACAGAGUUUAAUGUGCUGCAAAACAGAGAGUGGUUCAGAGGGAGAACGAACCUAUAGAAGUAAAUGUACAUAA